UCGAAACACCGUAAAAUAUAGAACCAUAGACCUGUCGAAGUACAUAAUGAUACUCCUUUUGCUUUUGAUAAAUCACUUUUUAAUAAUAUUCAAUGUUUAUGGAAAAGAAAAAUUACCACGUUUCGUAGUAGAGGAGUUUGUUAAGCCAGCAAUAUUCGGUUCGUAUAGCUACAAUCCACUUACGCAGAUGUUCGAAAAAAAGGACGAUCCUUCCAGUAACGGAAACGUCAUUCAGAUACAAAUAUACAAUCGCACUAUAACUCAAACGCAAGUUAUGACAAAUCCUCCUGCAAUACGAAAUACCGUACAUAAUAUAUUUAGGAAACACGUAACCGCAACUAAGCCAAAAUCACCAAAAAAAUUUCAUUUGAGACCUAUAUUGAGAACUAUCCAACAAGAGAGUCACAACUCAACGAGCUCCGGUAAUUCUCAAGUGAGUACGGACCAUCAGAGAUCUACCGUGUAGAACAUUAAUUAAUACAGAACGAAUUAUGUUCUUCAUACACAGAUAAAACUCUUUUACUUACUUACCAGAUAUAUUUUAAGGUGUGGUGGUGGAUUUCUUAUUCAGUUUAAUAACUAUUUAAAAUAAAUAAAUAAUGUUUUUAUAGUAA